CAAGUGUCCAAGCUCCUUAGAGCUCCAUGACGAGCGAAAUUGUAAACUCCUCUGUGGUCUGUUUGUGCUCGUCCCUGUUCAGGCCCAACUCGCGAAGAACCCAGGUGACUCCAUAAUCCGUUUCUUCGCCGGAGCCGGAAUUUUGAACCACACGGAGUCAUCAUCGCGGUGACCAAGAGCGAUUUGCGACGUUGACGGCCAAGAUGAACACAAGGCCGCCAUUCCCGAAACCCAGGUAGUGCACCCGACGGCCGUCAUUGACCUGCCAUCAUGGGUCAGGGGUUUUCUCUGGCGACGCCGCCUGCCGGCGCUGCCAGCAUCGAUGUACCUGAACUUGCCGACUUGGUGUACGAGAAGUCGGUUGGAGCGGCACGGUUCAUGAAGAGCAUCCGGGCUCGACAUCACGAUGGAGUGGUGUUAGUGAAGGUCUUGAUCAAGCCUUACCCGAUGUCGCUGGAGAGAUACAAGCAUGAAUUAAUCCGCGAAAGAAAGGCCCUGGCAGACAUCCCGAAUGCCCUCGGGUAUCAACGGAUUAUCGAAACGGAAACGAACGGGUACCUCGCUCGGCAGUUCCUCUACAACUCCCUCUAUGAUCGGCUGAGCACCCGGCCAUUCUUGGAGGACAUCGAAAAGCGAUGGCUUGCCUUCCAGCUCCUCUGCGCUCUCCGCGACUGCCACAGCCGGGACAUUUAUCACGGAGAUAUCAAGACGGAGAACACCCUCGUUACGUCUUGGAAUUGGCUCUAUCUCACCGACUUCUCAUCUUCAUUCAAACGAGUGAUGCUGCCCGAAGACAACCCGGCCGACUUCUCUUACUUUUUUGAUACCUCUGGCCGCCGAACAUGUUAUCUAGCACCGGAGAGGUUCCUCCCAAUCGGCGAGGAAGCGGACCCCAAUGCUAAGAUUACCGGGGCGAUGGAUGUGUUCAGUGCGGGUUGUGUUAUAGCGGAACUCUUCCUUGAGUCGCCCAUCUUCAGUCUCAGCCAGCUGUACAAGUAUCGUCGAGGCGAAUAUGACCCAAACAUAUCGCAUCUCAGCCGAAUACCGGACAAGCAUCUCCGGGAAAUGAUAGCCCACAUGGUCCAGCUAAAGCCAGAAGAAAGGUACUCUGCUAAGGAGUACCUGGAUCUCUGGAAAUCCAAGGUCUUCCCGGACUAUUUCUAUAGCUUCCUCCACCAGUACCUGGGACUGAUUACCGACCCUUCGUCGGGCCAGUCACCCAUCUCUGGAGCCACGAGGAAUCUUGGCGAAGCUGACCAGAGGAUUGAGCGUGUGUUCCUGGACUUUGACAAAAUCUCUUACUUCCUAGGCUACAACGACGAUGAGCUAUCAAGCACCGAACAGCGAGCUCCUCGCCUGGGGCUUGGUCACUUUCCAGUGCGCCUCAACGUCCCAAACAACGAGCACUUUGUCUCGGGGGGGAAACAGCCGCCUGCGGAUGACGGCACGCUAAUAUUCCUGACGCUCGUCGUAUCUUCGUUGCGCAACACAGCCCGCUCCGAGGCCAAGAUUAGAGCCUGCGACAUCCUGCUUGCCUUCGCCGAGCGGUUAACAGACGAGGCCAGGCUGGAUCGGGUUCUGCCAUUCCUGAUAGCCUUGCUGAAUGACAAGGCUGACAUCGUGGUGGUCGCUGCCAUCAGGAGUAUCACUCAACUGCUUGGCCUUGUCCAGGUCGUCACUCCCGUCAAUUCGCAUGUUUUCUUGGAAUACAUACUCCCGAGAAUGCAAGUCGCAUUGCUCGGCACGCACAGCACACCGACCCCCUUGGUCAGGGCAACGUAUGCUUCGUGCAUAGGACAGCUUGCUGCCACUGCCGGGCGAUUCUUGGAAAUGGCGGCUACUCUAAAGGCAGGCGGCUCGAUCACAGCAACGGAUCCCGAGGUCGAGCCAGGAAACGACGCGGAUGCAGCAUUCGAUGGACUCUUUGAUAAUGCCCAGAGAGAACUCGUCGACCUGUUUGAAGCGCAUACCAAGAUCCUCAUCGAGGACUCGGACCCAUUUGUUCGACGAGCGUUUCUCAGCUCUGUCCCGGAGCUGUGCAUGUUCUUUGGCACGGCCGAAUCCAACGACAUCAUCCUAACCCAUCUUAAUACCUAUCUGAACGACCGUGACUGGAUGCUCAAAUGCGCGUUCUUCGACACCAUUGUCGGCAUUGCCGCCUUUCUCGGCAGUGUUACACUGGAGAAGUUUAUCCUCCCACUCAUGAUCCAGGCUCUGACUGACCAGGAGGAGUUUGUGGUGCAAGCAGCACUGCACUCCCUCGCCGAGCUUGCAAACUUGGGCCUUUUCUCCAAGUCGACGACAUGCGAGCUUGUCAACGUUGCCGGGCGAUUCACAAUGCAUCCCAAUAUCUGGAUUCGUGAAUCGGCUGCCGAUUUCCUGUCCGCCGGGACAAGAUAUCUGAGUCCAGCUGACAUCAGAUGUAUGGUCUUGCCAUUGGUUAGGCCGUAUCUAAAACCAGACAUCAUCCCGGAUUUCUCUGAAUUAUCUCUCUUUGCUGCGCUCAAGAAACCUCUAUCGCGCUCGGUUUUUGACCAAGCCUUGAUAUGGGCGUCGAAGCAAGACCGUGGAGACUUCUGGAGGUCGCUGAGGAAGCUGCGAGACCUUACAUUCGGAGUGCAAUCGACUAUGGGACGAAACUCCAAAGAUCUGAGUAUCCAAGCUUUGAACAGGGCUCCAAGAAAUGACGAGGACGAGCAGUGGAUUUCGAAACUUCGAAACCUGGGCCUCACCCCUGAAGAUGAACCCAAGCUUCUUGCGCUAAGGGAGUUCAUCUGGCGCCUAAGUCAAAUCAAAUCGAGAGACUCGAAAACAAAUGAACCCCCCGCGUCAAGCCCAUUGAACAAUGUGAUGCCAUUGAGAAGCCUUGGCAUCACGCCGCAGACCAUUCUAUUUGACGAAGAGCCCCUUCGCCAGCCGCUUCUCAUACCAGAGCAGGAUGCGUCCGCGCCACGGACCAUCACUGACGCCCUGCUUGACGCGUCGAUGACCAUCGAUGACCCUGUUGGCCGCAAGAGACGGGCGGCAUUGAAUACCCACAGGUCACGCCUUAACAACCGUGGCAAUGUCUCUCCCCUGUCUUCCGAUGGCACACGCCCACUUGAAGAAGACUCUACCAGAUCCCCAACGAUCAUCCUGACUGAGAACGGGACCCCCUCCGGGGCACAGGGCAAGGCGCCCGCCACCGGCACCUUGGAGGAUGGUUCGGCCUCCCGGGACGGUCUGUCUCCCACGAGAAGGACCCUUCGGCAUCAGCCCAGCGCGAUGAGCCUCCUGAACCGCAAGGAAAGUGCAAAAUCCGGACCCGAGACCAGCACAACGACGGCAAAUGCAUUUGGUGAAGUCGAGGGGCCAUUUGUCCACAGUCCUCAUCCGAGACCAUCCUAUACUGAGACAGACAUCACCGAGGAGAACAAUAUCAGCGGACUGCGUGGGAAUCAUACGUACGCAGGAAAUGAUCCAAGUAUACUCAAGAUGCUUGAUUCAAUGUACAUCGACAACUAUCCCCAUGACAUUGCGGAAUUCGGCCCGUUGGUCGCACCGGUCACUCGACGAAAACCGACCAAGAGCCCCUCGCAAGUCAACGACGAUGGGUGGAGACCGACGGGGAAGCUGGUGGCUACGUUUUCGGAGCACGUUGGCGCUGUCAACCGCAUCAUGGUCGCACCAGACCAUCUCUUUUUCCUGACGGGAGGAGACGAUGGCUGUGUGAAAGUCUGGGAUACUGCGAGGUUAGAGCGUAACAGUGCCCACCGAUCGCGGCAGACGCAUAGGCACGCCCAAGGUGCCAAGGUCUUGGCCCUCUGUUUUAUCGAGAACACGCAUUGCUUUGUCAGUUGCGCAAGCGACGGCAGCGUCCAUGUGGUCAAGGUCGAGACCGGCGUCGUCGGCGGGACAGUACGCUAUGGGAAGCUCCGGCUCCUGCGGGAAUACCAGCUCGUCCAGCGAGAAUUCGCCGUCUGGUGCGAACAUUUCAAGCAAGAAGCUGCUUCGAUCUUGAUCCUGGCGACGAAUAAGUCUCGUAUCUUGGGCAUUGAUCUUCGGACGAUGACCUUGCUUUAUGUGCUGGAGAAUCCAGUCCACCACGGAACCCCAACUUGCUUCUGUAUUGACAGGAAGAGGAAUUGGCUUUGUCUUGGGACCUCGCACGGCGUUCUCGACCUCUGGGAUCUCCGCUUCAGGAUGAGGCUAAAGGGCUGGGGCGUUCCCGGCAAGAGCUCGAUCUACCGCCUGUUCAUCCACCCGCUCAAGGGGCGAGGCAAGUGGGUGUGUGUUGCGGGAGGCACUGGGCAGGGCGAGGUCACCGUCUGGGACCUUGAGCGGACCCUCUGUCGCGAGAUUUACAGGGUUGGCGGAAAUAAGGAAGGGCCUAAGGGGUAUCAUCCCUGGGAAGUCGACGAGGACAAGCCGGAGGGCAUGCUUGGAAGAUUCGCGACGAAUAUCGAACCAUUGGCCACGGGGAACGUCGACCGCGGGGUACGGACCAUGAUUGCCGGGACAGGCGCAACAGACGACCAGCGGGAUGUGAGACAUGCUUUCAUCAUCACUGCUGGCUCGGACAAAAAAUUGAGGUUCUGGGACCUGGCCCGGAUCGAGAACAGCACCGUCUUCAGCGGCCUGCAGGCUGACGAGGGCAGGCCCAGCUUCACGGCAAGCCAUCCGACAACGUCCAUGACGCUGAACACGGAACGGCUACCGAGGUUGGCGCCGCCCGUGUCAAGCGCAAACGGUGCCGCGGGGCCCUCCGGGACGAGCUCCAAGGCCCGCAACCACCCGUCGAGAUCCACCGUGAUCUCUCUCCAGCAGCAGCAGCUCCUCAAAAGCCACCUGGAUGCUAUUGUCGACGUUGCGCUGUUAGAAUCUCCGUAUACGAUGUCUGUCUCGGCAGAUCGAAGUGGUGUGGUUUUUGUAUUCCAAUAAGGAAACAACGAUGCCAGUGUGGAGAGGAAACACGGCAGCUGGGAGCAUAGCUGUGAACAUUGCUAGAUAUAGGUACCUUGUAGCUAGAAGGCUUGGAGCCAAUGAUGAAGAACUGGGAAGGAUCCCUACGAUUUGAAGGUAUUGAGGGUUAGGGUUGCUUGAAGUGAUGCACUAUCGCACUAUCGGGUGGGGCUAGUACAGUACUAUCAACGGAUCUCUAAACUCUAAACUGCCUGAUGUAACUGGUGCUGUACCUGGG